UUCACAAAGCCAAUUUUCCUGACGCGACCUCUUUUUUCCCUUUAAAUAUAGGUUUGAUUUCUGAAUGAAAACACGAACUAAACUCACCUGACAGUCUUUACAGGUGGGAAUGGGAUGCUGGUGAUGUUACAGCUGUCCCGGAGCGGAGAUACACUGGGAUGAUACUAAAUAAACAAUAAUGACUUGAUAUCUCCAGACAAUUCAAGAUACCGUUAGCAAACUCUGGGAGAUAACACCCACUGCACGAGAGGGUUUAGUGAUAUUUGUCAGUAAAACCUUCAUCUUAUAUAAAAUCUACAGCUAACAGAAAAACGCGAGCACCAUUUCCGGGCUCGUGACAUCGGCUAUAGUGGAGCGGGACGUCGGUGUGAGGGGAACGGGGAGCGGAGCGGUGUCGCUUACCAUACCCGGGCUGGUGGACGACAGCAUGGCUGCGGGAAAGGGAGCAGGGAAGCCCGCCUCGCUGUGGGACAAUAUGCGAAUACGGUUCAUCGUUUGCUUCCUUGGAGUCUUCGUGUGUUACUUUUAUUACGGAAUAUUACAAGAGACAAUCACUCGGGGUGAUUAUGGUCAAGGAGACAAGAAGGAGAAGUUCAGAUUUGCGCGGACACUGGUCUUCAUUCAGUGUAUUAUCAAUGCUAUCUUUGCUAAGAUCUUGAUCCAAUUUUUUGAGGGCUCCAAACCAGAUCACACCAAGAACUGGCUCUAUGGACUGUGUUCCCUCUCUUACCUUGGGGCCAUGGUCUCCAGUAACUCUGCCCUUCAGUUUGUCAACUAUCCCACACAGGUGUUGGGGAAAUCCUGCAAGCCCAUACCAGUGAUGAUCCUUGGAGUUACAAUACUGAGGAAGAAGUACCCACUGGCUAAGUACCUGUGUGUGCUGCUGAUUGUGAGCGGUGUGGCUCUGUUCCUCUACAAACCCAACAAAAGCUCAGCUGUUGCAGAUGACCAUGUUUUUGGCUUUGGAGAGAUUCUGCUGCUGGUCUCUCUGACAUUGGAUGGUUUGACUGGCGUGGCCCAGGACCACAUGAGGGCUCGCUUCCAGACGGGUGCCAAUCACAUGAUGCUGAACAUCAACAUGUGGUCCACUCUGGUGCUUGGACUAGCUGUGUUGUGGACAGGGGAGGUAUGGGAGUUCCUGAGUUUUACUGAACGCCACCCCAGCAUCCUCUACAAUAUUGUUCUGUUUGGUAUGACCAGUGCUUUAGGCCAGACCUUCAUCUUUAUGACGGUGGUGUACUUUGGGCCUCUGACCUGCUCUAUCGUCACCACCACAAGGAAAUUCUUCACAAUCCUUGGCUCUGUUAUUCUGUUUGGCAACGUCAUGAGUACGAUGCAGUGGGUUGGCACCGUCCUAGUUUUCCUUGGUCUCGGAUUGGAUGCUAAAUUUGGCAAAACCCCCAAGAAGACAACACACUAAAACAUCUGGAGCACAUGAGAGAAAGACAGAAAACAUUGCAGGAAAAAUGCAAAUACUCUAUAGCCAGUAUCUUAUUUUCAUAAGACAUCCUGUACAGGCAUACUGUAUGUGCCUAUGUGAUUUGUUCAAGUACAGUCAGAUUUUUAACUUAACUGUAUUUAAGAGAGAGUCGUCGUAGUUUUCAACUCCAGCUUCUGUUGUGUACUGCUGAUAUACUGAAGAGAACGUUUUACCAGGGAUCAAGUUGUGAAUGAGCUGCGAUGAGCCACUAACAUCUUUUUUGACAACAAGCUACUCCACAGUUUUGUGGAGGAAUUUGGACUGGCUGAAAGUCGCAGGUGGAAAAGAAAGUAUGUAGACAAAUCUUUAUUGUUUCUGAAACCAGCUCACCUCCCUUGGAUGGAAGUCAAACCAAACAAAGCCUAAGAAAACACAUUUCAGCUAACUCAAGAACUUACCACCAAGUAAGGCUUGGUUUACAAAUUGUUGCUUGAAUAUGUACUGUUAUCACAUAUGUAGUUUAUUUCUUGGCAAACAUUUGGCCAAGUAUCAUGCCAUUUAUGAAAUAUAAACGAUUGUAUGUAGCCUGUUGUGUUAUGUCCAAUCUUACUAUUGAAUUGUUUUUACUUUUAUUUUCUACAAGUUGAAAAUAACUUACCAUAAAAAGGGAAUUGUGUUA